UAAUUGUAUUGUAGAAUAUUUAUAUUUCUAAUUUUAUCUUUAAAAUCUUACAUUUUUGGUGUUUAGAACUUGUAUUGUUUCUAGUGAAGUUUCAUCUGACCUUCACAGGUAUUUCUCAAUUUCCACCUACAAGUGGACUUGAGAAAUGAAAAGUUAUUUGAAUAAUGUCAUCCUAUGUAUGUGUGUUAAAUGGUAAUUAAAGCAACUCACAAUUACCUAAUUAACUUAUACGAUUAAGUCGCUAGUUGCCGUGUAAUAUCUAUUUUUUUCGAAGUUAAUUUAGGUAUUAUUUCAUCCGCAGACUUUUUAAGUGUGAAAUCUGAAACUUGUGUAUAACCGUCCCAUCAAAAAUGCCCAAAAAGCUGUUAAAAUUCUUAAUAGUGUUCGAUAAUACUUCUUUACUUUAUUUUCCUGGUCAAUUCUUAUCAGGAAAAGUGUUGAUGGAAUUACAAGAUGACACUCCUGUAUUGGGAUUACAUUUCCAUGUGAUUGGGGAAGGAGUAGUGAGAGUGGGCUCUGGUAGACAUGAGAGAUUAUUUGACAAAGAAAAUUAUAUUGAUUUUAGAAUGAGGUUGUUAGGGGAACCAGGUCAUAGCGCAUCUAUAUUGUCACCGGGCAUCCACAGUUUUCCAUUUAAAUUAGGUUUGCCAAUGGGCCUCCCUUCCACAUUUCUUGGAACACAUGGCUGGGUACAGUAUUUCUGCAAAGCUGCAUUAAGAGAGCCAAAUGGAUUAACACACAAGAAUCAACAAGUUUUUAUAGUUAUGAAUCCUAUUGAUCUUAAUUUGGAACCUCCUGUUUUGUCACAAGAAUUUGAGUUGGAAGUAGAGCAUAAGCUUGGUGUGGGAUGUGUGGGUGGUGGGUCUGUCCGUUGUCGCGUUUCUUUGGAUCGUGGCGCAUAUAUACCUGGGCAGAGUGUUGUGCUAUCUGCACAUAUUGUCAACAAUUCAAGAACAGCACUAAGGUGUACAAGAGCAGCGCUCACAGAGACAAUUCAAUACAUUGCCCAUGGCAAGGUGGCAGCGCGUGAGGUCCGCGAAUUAUCUCGUUUGGCGCACGGCAAGACUCGGGCAGGUGAAACAGACCGGUGGCGAGGGGAAUUACUCUAUGUACCACCCCUGCCGCCUACUAAUCUCCGUGGGUGUCAUUUAAUAUCAGUGCAGUAUGACGUCUUUUUUAUUAUUGAGCCGAAAAGUUUAGAAAAAGAAAUUAAACUACAGUUACCCAUAUUGCUGGGCACCUAUCCAUUCCGUGAUGAUGAUGAAGAGGCACAUCCUCCUACUCACUACCCUAGCACUCUCCCCAUUUUUAGACCUUGGCUUAAUGAGAAACAGACAUAAUAUAUGAAAACCUCAUGGAAAAAGAGGUUGAUUAUGCAUUUCAAUUAGUUAUUUUUCAAAUUCUAUAGAAAUAUUUUAUAAACUGUUUAAAAAAACACAAUUCAGAAUCUUUUUAGCCCUAAGUUUUUUAAUACUAUGUUGGCAUAAGUUUGUAUACCUUAAUUUGUAAUGUUUAACAUUCCAAUAAUUCAGACAUUUCCAUUAUUUAGACCUAGUGCCAUUUAGUAUGAUAACAAUUUUUUAUAUUCUCUUAAGAGGUAUGAUAAUAUUAAUGAUGUACUUAUAUGAUUAAAUCAUUUAUUGGAAUUUUAUAGUUUUCUAAUGACGUUGUAUAUUAACCUGUGAUAUAUUUUCCGUCCAUUUGUACUCAACUUAUUUACAUAAGAAUUUUUUAUUAAUUAAUAAAUAUUAUUACUAAUUU